AUGACUGUUGGAGUGGACAAUCCCUGUCCUAGCACAGACCUCGGCAAUGCCCUUGGUAUCGUCUGUGUGGUCAUCCUGGCCUUCGGUCAUGCUAUUAUGGAGUCAACCGCCCUAGGCCUGGCCGCCCUCUGCCCGAAAUCAUGUAUCAAUUGGGUUAUGGUGGGUGAGGGCAUGGCAGGUGUCAUCGGUUGGCCUCUUCUCGAGCUCUUCGACUGCAUAUUUCAGAACGUUCACCGCAAGGACGAAUGGGUCUGUUUGGUAUUCUUCUCGGUCACGUCGGUUCUCACACUCCUCAUCAUGCCUAUGUUCCGUCUGAUCACCUCUAAGGAUCCUCUUAUCAAACAAGUGCUCACCAUAGAGGACCAGAGAAGGAAGGUUGGCAGUUUGAAAGUCCGCCAGACCAGACGUCCUGUGCGUGCGAUUCUCAAGGACCUCGCCCCCAUGGCCUUCUGUGCUUGGUCGGUCCUCACUAUUACGUUCAUAUGCUUCCCCUCCCAAGCCACACUAUGGCAGGCAGGGAAGGGGACCCCGGAGGCUACCGCAAAGUUCAUUCCUCUGGUGACCUUCGUCUACCAGGUGGGUGACACGGUCGGUAGAUUUGCCCCCAACGUUGGUCUGGCCAUCCCCCAGAAAGCUCUCAUCGUUGUCUCUCUUGCCCGAGCGCUCUUCAUCCCCUUAUUCAUCUGCACUACCCUCUACCCCACGGUGAAGCCCUUCCAAUGGAACUGGUUUAAGCAUAUCGAGAUGCUGAUAUUCGCCUUGUCGAAUGGACUGUGUGCGACUCUGUCGAUGAUGUACGGUCCUCAGCGGGUGUCGUCUGACAAGGCCGAGCAAGAGGUUGCUGGUUACACCAUGGCCUUCACUUUGGUCGACGGAAUCUUCGUGGGUGGUCUCCUCGGUACUCUUACUGUAUCGUGUUUGGGUGAAUAG